AUGGGUACACGAUUUCUAGGAGAUCUCCGGACCCCCGUGGUCGAUGUGAUGACAUGGUUUCUGCUGGUCGUUGUCAUCAUCGCCGUUUUGAUUCGACUUGGAACCAAAAUAUGGAUCUUUCGCAAGCUUCACAAAGAUGACUAUAUUAUGAUUCUUUCUGCGAUUUUUGAUAUUGGCCAAGUCAUUUGUGUAUCCAUCGCCGGUAUGAACGGCUAUGGUCGACAUAUAAAGACUUUAAGCGAAGAUCAAAUAGAUUUAAUCCAGAAAUGCACAUAUGCCCAGCACGAACUUAUCAUUAUGACGAUGACUCUCUCCAAGACAUCAUUCAUAAUGUUUGUGAAAAGCAUUACGGCAGUCCCUUUGGAUCAUAAGGUUGCCCAAGGUCUUAUGCUUGCUACGUGGGGAUGGGCCAUCAGUUUCCUUAUCUCAGGAGCUUUGCAGUGCAAACUUCCAGAGCCGUGGAAUUAUCUGGAUAAAAAUUGUUUUAAUCAGAGAAUAUGGAACGACUUUUUCAGUAUAGGAGAUAUCGUCACCGAUGUGGGAAUUGUAAUCUAUACUAUGAUCAUCAUCGUACGAAUCCGCACCAAACUUAGUAUGAGAAUGGGUCUUGCUAUUGUAUUUGGCAUGCGAGUACUUGUUAUCGUUGCUAUCGUGGUGCACAUCACUACUCUCAAUAUGUCCUUCGCAGCUAAUGACAGCACAUACAAAAGCUGGGUUGCCACCAUUGCAAGCCAAAUAGCCAUUUGUAUGAGCAAUGUCACUGCAUGCUCCCCUCAAUUCAAACCGUUCCUUGAGAGUCUUCAGUCAUCAGGAAUGCGACUAGACACUCUAACGAUCAAAAAGUGCCCCCCCAAAAAGGACGGUACCAGCGGCUCCUAUUUGGGUUCCAAGGGCAUAUCUUUCGCAAUACGUAGCCUUACAGGACGUGGGAGACGGAACGACAAUAUGCCUUACGUUAAAACGGUCGUGACCGCGAAUCCGAGUGCUGCGCCGGAUUGGGAUGGGGCCAGCGAAACCAGUGAAUCACGUAUUAUCAGGGAAACGAGGACGUGGACGGUGAUUGAGGAACGUCGACGUGCUCAAUCUACAGAUCCAGAAGAAUCUGUUUGA